CCGAAGGCCGGAAGGACAGCCAGCCACACAAUGUCUGUGUACCUGCACCACGUUCGCGUCCAGGUGAAGCCGGCCGAGCCAUUUGAGCGACCCCAUCGUCCACACCACGCGACCGCCCGGGCUGACGUGUCCACUCCACCUUUCACGCUCCCGUCUGGACACUUCACCUCGCUCAUGAAUUCUCUCGCUUUCCCUCGCUGCCCGUCACCACUGACGCCCGCCUCCAUUCCCGUCCCUUCGGCGCGUAUAAAGAUUCGUCGCUCGCGGCGGGCAGGAGCAGCCAACCACCACCUCUCCCAGCGGAGCUCCUCCCGGAUCGUCGCCAUGGCAGCCGCCGCACCGGCAAGCUCCGUGAAGGAAGUGCUCCCGUCUCCCCUGACUUCCGCCUCCGAGCCCCCUUCCCUUUUCGAUGGCACCACCAGGUUGUACGUUGCGUAUCAUUGCCCGUACGCGCAGCGCGCUUGGAUUGCCAGGAACUGCAAGGGUUUGCAGGAUAAGAUCAAGAUAGUCGCGAUCGAUCUGGCAGACAGGCCUGCUUGGUACAAGGAGAAGGUUUACCCAGAGAAUAAGGUGCCUUCCCUGGAGCACAACAAUCAGGUGAAAGGAGAGAGCUUGGAUUUGGUUAAGUACAUUGACAGCAAUUUCGAAGGCCCGUCGUUGCUUCCUGAUGAUUCUGCAAAGAAGCAGUUCGCUGAGGAGCUGCUUGCGUAUACCGACGAGUUCAACAAAGCACUAUACUCUUCCAUAGUUUCCAAGGGAGAUGUAUCCCAAGAAACUAUCGCUGCUCUGGAUAAAAUAGAAGCUGCUCUGGGAAAGUUCAGCGAUGGUCCGUUCUUCCUUGGUCAGUUCAGCUUGGUGGACAUUGCGUAUGUCCCAUUUAUUGAAAGAUUUCAGAUUUUCUUUUCCAACAUAAAGAACUACGAUAUCACAAAGAGCAGACCCAACCUUCAGAAGUUCAUCGAGGAAGUGAACAAGAUUGACGCAUAUACACAGACUAAACAGGAGCCUCAAUUGUUGCUUGAGCACACAAAGAAGCGUCUUGGGAUUGCCUAAACUUGUGACCAAGGAUGGAACUCUUGUCGGUGGACUACCAGCAUAGUAGAUGGAAACUCAUUCGUGUGCUUGCAUGUUAUAUGCUUUGUUUUCUAAUAAGACAUGGCCUUCUGUAUUGACCGUGCGUUUGAAAAUAAACUAGUUGUGCGAACGGGCAGGUAGCCCGAUGGCAA